AUGUCUGAGCAAUACAUCCUGUUUGACCUUCCAAGCCGAGACUCUCUUGGUGCUUGGUCUCUCAACCCGUGGAAAACUCGAUUUCUCUUGAACUUCAAGGGAAUCGACUACAAGACCGAAUGGCUUGAGUACCCCGACAUCAAGGAGACCCUGGAGCCUCACAUUUCUGCCAACCCAGCCACAGGCACAUGGACCAUCCCAACCAUCAAGUGCCCUGAUGGCACUUACAUCAUGGAUUCGGCCAAGAUUCUUGAGCGCAUUGAGAAGGACCACCCUGAGCCCUCCGUCCACAAAGACUCGCCUGUUCUGGCCAAGCUCUUUUCGAUCAUGCCCAAGAUCAUGAGCGCCCUCCAGCCGGUCUACUUCCACACUGUCCCAAGUAACAUUCUCGGUCAAAAGAGCAUUCCAUACUGGCACGAGACCCGAUCAGAGGUGGCUGGCAAGCCCGUUGAUGAGUUCUACAAGGAAAAGGGCGGCCAGCAGGCCUGGGAUAACGCCAAGGCUUCUGUGCAAGAGGUUGAGGCUCUUCUCAAAGAGAACUCGGAGGGUCCUUUCUUCUUGGGAAAGACUCCCAGCUAUGCUGACUUUGUUUGGGGCGGUUUCCUUAUCUUCAUGCAGCGCAACGAGAUCAUUGAGGAGGUUUAUAAGAUCAGUGGCGAUAGCCAGGUUCAUAAGGACCUUCUUGAGUCCCUUGCUCCUUGGCACAAGAGGAACGACUAUUGA